AUGACGCUGCGGGGCGACGGGCGGCGGCCCGACGAGAAGCUGCAGGGCGACGGGCCGCAGCCCGACGAGAAGCUGCAUGGCGACGGGCGGCAGUCCGACGAGAAGCUGCAGGGCGACGGGCGGCGGCCCGACGAGGAGAAGAAGCGAGGAGUGGCUGCUACCAAUUUUCCUGAAGAUCCAAGUGCGCGUUUCUUUGGUCUGGGUAUUGUGGAGGAGAGUGGGAUGGGAGAGGAGGAGGGUGAAGCGACUAAGGAUGGUGAGGUGGCAGAGGAGGAGUGCAGCCAGUGCAUGGAGUGCCUGAGCGCCUUUGUCCAACACAUCUCCUGUUGCGCUCUCAUUGCCAAUUUCGCCUAUCGCCCCAUUGAAGCCCUUUUCAACCGCUUUCUCGCGGCCUUUCCCCCCCAGGCCCCUGAGUUUGACCAUUUGCUGAAGGCGCUGCUGCUGCGGUCGCCCCUCAAUGUUGAGCAGAUGAAAUCAAUAAAUGUUUCAGCGGCUGCAGGCAUGAGGAGGGGUGUGAGUGGGAUGCGCCAAAGGGCAGAGCAGGUGCUUUGGCUACCUACAAAUUCAGGCAUGAGGGAGAGCGUGAUGCGUCACAAGGUGCAAGAGAUGCCUGUCUUCUUCUUGCUAGCCGUUGCCUUGUAUCAUGCCAAGGCCAUAACCAGACUCAUUGGCCCUGAGGAGGAAGUUGGUGAGAGUGGGGCGGAAGAGGAUUUGGGCAAUGAUAAGGAGGGAGAUGGGGAUGUGUGGCAGGAGGUGCGAUCAUGUGCAUCCGUUUCAGCCACUAAAGGCUCUGGUCCCUUCGCUGGUGGGGAACGUGCGUGCGGUGUUGCAGGGUGUGGGAUAGUGGAGGGUGGUGGUGUGAAGCUGAGAAGCUGUGGUGGGUGUGGAAAGGUGGCGUAUUGCAGCAGAGAGUGCCAAAAGGCGCACUGGCCCUCCCACAAGCUCACUUGCCCUGGCAGGACCAAUGGCAAGAAGAUUGGAAAGGAUGAGAGCAAGGAUGGCAGCGGCAACAGUGGCACGACGAUUAGCAAGCUUUGGUGUGGUGAUGCUGGUGGUCAUCUCGGCACGCAAGGCCGUGCAUAUGAGCGAGACCAGCCAGAUCAGUCUGAAGCAAUGGAUACUGUUACAGUCUUCAAUGACCCCUACUUGGACGCACCAGAUGACUUGGUGCUGCGCUGGGCUCGCCUUGCCCUCUCCUGCACCACCAUGCCUGCGGCCUCCCGCCCCUCCAUGAAUCAAGUGCUGGGGGAGCUGGUGAAGUUGAAUCAGGAAGCUUCUGGAGCACAUGAGAGCCAUGUGGGCGAGGCCAAAUCUCGCAUGGACACGGAGCUUGGGAGUUCCAUUGGCUCCUCCAGCUUCACUGCUGAAAUGGCCCGUGCAGAGCAAGGGGUCAUGCCAAGUGGCUUUUCCACAUAA